CUAACCCGAGCCCUGAUGGCUGCACGGUGUUGACCGGAAACUAGUGGGACUGGGGUAAAGGUUGACUUACGUCACAACGCGGCAGGGUCUCCUUCACUCUUUACCUUUACCCGUGUUCCGAAGUUUGUAAGGAAAGGUUUCGGUCAUUCCAAUAGCAAAGAAAACACAAGUCUUCGUCAUGUUGCAGAACACAGGGGCCCUCGCGGGUCGGACGCUCUUCGUGACCGGCGCCAGCCGCGGUAUCGGUCGAGCUAUCGCUCUGAAGGCAGCGCGCGACGGAGCUAAUGUGGUGGUGGCCGCAAAGACGGCUGAGGCCCACCCCAAGCUGCCAGGAACCAUCUACACUGCAGCCAGAGAGAUCGAGGAGGCUGGAGGCAAGGCGCUGGCCUGUGUGGUGGACGUCCGGGAUGAGGAGCAGAUCCGCUCAGCUGUGGAGCAGGCGGUCGCCAAGUUCGGAGGUAUUGAUAUUUUGGUGAACAACGCCAGUGCUAUUAAUCUGACGGGAACUCUUGGGACGUCCAUGAAGAAGGUUGACCUGAUGCUGGCUGUCAACCUGCGGGGAACUUACCUCACCUCUAAGCUGUGCAUUCCUCACCUGUUGAAAAGCUCUAACCCUCACAUCCUGAACCUGUCUCCGCCUCUCAACCUCAACCCCAUUUGGUUCAAGAACCAUACAGCCUACACCAUGGCUAAGUAUGGGAUGUCGAUGUGUGUCCUUGGGAUGGCUGAGGAGUUCAGAGGGCAGAUCAGCGUCAACGCCCUCUGGCCCAAGACUGCCAUCCAGACGGCGGCUAUGGAUAUGCUAGGUGGUGAAGGUAUCGAGCGGCAGUGCCGUAAGGCUGAUAUCAUGGCGGACGCAGCCUACUCUGUGUUUUCCCGCCCCCUGGCUGGCCCCGCCCACACCACGGGUCACUUCCUGAUUGACGAGGAUAUCCUGCGAGAGGCGGGGCUUGGUGACAUGGAGGUCUAUGCUGUGGAGCCAGGUCACCCCCUCAUGCCUGACUUCUUCCUCGAUGUGGAGACUGAUGUAGACACACCCUCCUCCAAAGCCCUACCCUCUUCCACGAAGACCAGCAACCCUAUUGAAGAAACGUUUGCUCUGAUCCGGACAGUCCUCAGCCAGGACCUGGUCCAAUCAAUCAAGGGCGUCUAUCAGUUCGACCUAUCAGGCGAGCACACGGGCAGCUGGUUCGUGGAUCUGAAGCAGGGGGCGGGGCUAGCCGGGCAGGGCCUCCCCCCCUCCCCUCCUGAUGUUGUGAUGAGCAUGGACUCCGCCCUCUUCAGUCGAAUGUUCCGCGGGGAGCUGAAGCCCACGAUGGCCUUCAUGACCGGGAAGCUGCGUAUCCAUGGCGACAUGACGCUGGCUAUCAAGCUGGAGAAGAUGAUGGCGGCCAUGAGCAAAUCCAAGCUGUAGCGCACGUUGCCAGGAACACCAGUUUGUCUGCAGAUGAUCCAUCAAGAUUUAAUUUGAAUAAUAUAACAAACUUAAUUUUGCUGCGGUUACCAUGUUGCCUAUAAAGUCAUGUUAGCUAUGGGAGAACCUUCCUUUAGGAUCUACACCCAAGGUCUUUGAGUUGGAAGGUUGAACAGCUAAAAUACAUGACAUGGAAGUACUGUAAUCUGCUAGACUAAUGCUGAUACCUUGAAAUAUGUUGAUAUGUUUGUAAAUGGUUUGGAAUGUAUUGAAGAUGUAUUAUAGAUGUUUCUGAGACUUUGUUAAAGCCUUACCCUUAUUGUGAUGGUUAGCUUGGCGCUAGUCCAACUGCAGAAACAUUUUCUACAUUUUGAUAUUUAAUAAAAGAAAGAGUUAACCUGUGAACCUAACAUGGCUGAUUUAUCAUCUUAACAUUUUUUGGACUCAUUGGUCCAUUAGUCCAAUGAGUCAAUAAUUCUAUUUAAAAAGUGAAACUCAUAUUAUACGGAUUCAUUACACCCAAAGUGAAAUAUUUCAAGCAUUUAUUUGUUUUAAUGUUCUUUAUGGCUUCCAGCUCAUGAAAACCCAAAAUUCAGUUUCUCAGAAACAAAGCAUAAAUGACAGCCUAGAACUACUUGUGGAUGUCUAGACCAGCCACUUCAGCCUAUUCUAGACCAGCCACUUCAGCCUAAUCUAGACCAGCCAUUUCAGCCUAUUCUAGACCAGCCACUUCAGCCUAUUCUAGACCAGCCACUUCAGCCUAUUCUAGACCAGCCACUUCAGCCUAUUCUAGACCAGCCACUUCAGCCUAUUCUAGGCCAGCCACUUCAGCUGUUUCCAGACCAGCCACAUUCAGGAUUUUCCUUCCACUUCGAUUCUUCAGAUUCAUAAACUUCCUGAAAAAAAGAAUACAAUUUAAUCCAACUUACUUAUAAUUUAUAUCUUAUUAUUGACAUAUCCCAGUUUUUAAAGC